AUGUCGGACUAUAGGGACUUAAGGAUAUCCGUCAUUGGCGCGGGUAUGGGCGGUCUUGCCUGUGCCCUCGCUUUCGCCAAGAAAGGAUUUAAGCACGUCGACGUAUACGAGACGGCGUCGAACCUGGGAUUCGUCGGCGCGGGUAUUCAACUGGCCCCGAACAUGGCCCGGGUGUUGGACCGCUGGGGUUGCUGGGACGGCAUCUUGGCUGAAGCUACCAACAUCAAAUCCUCCAGUAUCCGCGAAGGAUCGUCGAACCACGAGCUCGUUCACGUCGAGAUGCCCGACAUCGAGGAGAAGUACGGAUAUCCCCACUGCACUGGACACCGAGCGUCUCUGGCCGGCGGCUUAUACGAGGGGUGUAAGAAAGAACCCAACAUCACCUUCCAUUUCUCGACCUCGCUGGCCGGCGUGAAGUCCUUCGGCCCAGAUAAGGUCAUAUUUACGGCACAGCCGCGCAACGCCGAGGCAUACGAUGUGGAGACGGACGUCCUUCUGGGUGCAGAUGGUAUAAAAUCCGUCGUGCGAACCGGACUAUUGAAGGGCCUAAACAUUACGGCCGACGUCGAGGACACGGGCCAAGCCGCGUACCGAAUCAUGCUGACACGGGAGGAGAUGAAGCAUGACCCGGAUCUCCUUGAGUUGUUAGACUCCGACUGCGCGCUGCGAUGGAUCGGCGAGAAGCGACAUAUCGUGGCGUAUCCUAUAAGCAACAAGACCAUCUACAACCUAUCGACGUGCCAGCCCGACGUCAACUUCGCCGCAGCGACCAACGCUACGUAUACGACACGCGGUAGCAAGCCUGCCAUGCUUAAGGUGUAUGGUGACUUCCACCCAAUUGUCCUCAAGAUGCUCAACAUGGUCCCGGAGGGUGAGGUGUGCGAGUGGAGGCUACGCUCCCACAAGCCUCUUGAUAGCUGGAUCCUGGGUUGCGUCGCCCUCGUCGGCGACGCCUGCCAUCCUACACUGCCACACCUGAGUCAGGGUGCCGCGAUGGCCAUCGAAGACGCCGCCGUGCUCGCGGAGGUUGUGAGUUCGGCGCCCGGCGGCGGCGCUGAUAAGGAGGCCCUAUCUAAGGCGCUUAAAGUCUACGAACUCCUGAGGAAGGAGCGGACGUCGAUACUGGUAGAUUUAGCGGCCGCGUCGGCGCGGACGUUACACCUGGGCGAGGGCAAGGCGAAGGAGGAGCGAGAUAGGCAGUUCAAGGAGGCUAAGAAGGGGGCUCCGAUUCCGGAUAAGUGGGCCAGCCCCGAGACGCAGCACAUGAUCUACUCGUACGAUUGUGUGGCGGAGGCCCAGGAGAAGUUCGACGAGUUGUACGCUACGCUCGCGGGUGAGACGAAUGGUCAUACAAAUGGGGCGAACGGUUUUACGAAUGGGCAUGCCGAGGGCGUUACUGCAUAGGUUAGGGGACUCUUUUGGAUACGAUUUAAUAUAUUGUACAAGAGACGAAUGUGACAUUUAGAAUGCAUGCAACAAGCAAGCAAGUAGUAAUCACGUGGAAUUGAUUACAGGUAGCUGAUUUGACAUGAUUGUCGGCGUUGGACUACCCACCCAUAGUAUAGGUAGCAGAAUGCCUUGCCUUAUAAUUACAAAACGACCCAAAUGCGCAACGCAAUCCCACAACGCCGUGCUCCGGUGUUAAAAGUCCAAUAUGCAUAACGAAUGUAUCCAUGGUGACGGUCAUCCUUGUCCGUCGAAAAUGCGACUCGUCGAGUCGCCCGCCUCUCGAGCUCGUGGUGUAGUAGUCGCGAGACAAAGACAUUACUUCUUUUUCUUCUCUUUCUUCUCUUUCUUUCUUUCUCCUGAGCUUCAAAUCAAUCGCGUGUCCUCUGCUCUUUCUCGUAGG